ACCACUUUUCCAACCAUUUUCUCCUCCCAUUCCUUCUUCCCAAACAGAAUCUUGGAAUUAAAAGCAAGAAAUAAGGAAUGGUCUCUUUUGCUUCAACACUUCCCUCUUUGGUUUCACUGGUUCCUUCACCUUCUUCCAUUAACAGCAAUGCCUCAAGAUUCUCUGCUCAACCUGCUAUGAUUUGCUGCAAGUUUGGACAAGAGGAUAACAAUGAGGAUCGCUUUCGUAGACGUGAUAUUCUUCAAUCCGUAGGAGCAGCAGUAGGCAUGGACUUGAUAGCAAGAUCCAGCUCGUUCGUUGAAGUAGCUAAUGCUGCUGAUUUGAUACAACGUAAACAGCGUUCAGAUUUUCAAUCAAAGAUCAAGACGACCCUUUUUGAAGCUAUGAAGGCAAAUCCAGAUAUAAUUCCAUCUAUACUAACUUUAGCACUUAACGAUGCCAUCACCUAUGAUAAGGCAACAAAAUCCGGGGGUCCCAAUGGAUCAAUACGUUUCAGCUCAGAGGUCAGCAGACCAGAAAAUAAGGGCCUUGCUGCUGCUUUGAGUUUGUUGGAGGAAUCAAAGAAGGUUAUAGAUUCGGAUUCCAAAGGUGGACCCAUCUCAUAUGCAGAUCUCAUCCAGUUCGCUGCACAAAGUGCAGUCAAAUCAACCUUUCUUGCUUCUGCAAUAAGCAAAUGUGGUGGUAAUGUAGAGAAGGGAACUUUGUUGUACUCUGCAUAUGGCUCUAAUGGACAGUGGGGCCAAUUUGAUAGGACAUUUGGGAGGUCAGACGCCCAGGAGCCUGAUCCGGAGGGGAGGGUGCCUCAGUGGGAUAAAGCAAGUGUGCAGGAAAUGAAAGACAAGUUUAAAGCCGUUGGCUUGGGCCCUCGUCAGCUAGCAGUAAUGUCUGCAUUCUUGGGUCCUGAUCAAGCUGCGACGGAGGCCCUACUUGCCAACGAUCCAGAAGUUCUUCCUUGGGUUCAGAAGUACCAAAGGAGCAGGGAAACAGUAUCUCGAACUGAUUAUGAGGUUGACUUGAUUACUACACUUACAAAAUUAAGCAGUUUGGGACAACUAAUAAACUAUGAGGCAUAUACGUAUGCUCCCAAGAGAAUUGAUGUUACCAAACUCAAGUUGUAGAAGGUGGCAGCUGCAGUUUUUGC